UCAAAAUGGCAAACAAUUCUUUACAUAUGUGCCAUGCUAUUUCUAUUUAUUUUGUGAUUAUUUUGUGAUUGUGAAAAUCAUAUGCAUAAGCGACACUAGUAAAUUUUAAUUAUUUUUAUAGUCUUUCGAAAAUGUCUCGUGAUAAGAGCGUAUGGUUUGCCGAGGAAAUAUUGUUAGAUGCGAAGUUAAUAAAUUUUCAGUUGGAAACGGGGGAAUGGGAUGCAGUGGAAGAAAUGUUGCGGGCUGAAGCUCAGCUUUCCCGAGAUGCUGAAACCGGACGUUUGCGACCAAAAAAAGCGUCAGAAUACACUUUACGACUCAUAGCCGAAGUUCUGCACAUAAUGAGGUUGGAUGUAGAACAGGCUUCUUACAACCGAAGCACGCUCGCUGUCGCUGAGCAAUGCCUGCGCCUCGUCCGCUCCUGCGCCGCCGCCGGCACCAAAAUGCAGACCUACAUAUCCAAAGAACUCUCUAUUUUGGACUCCAUGCUUGUGCUAGCUACAGAGUACCAACACCCAAGUGUAGACUUCCUAAAUGAGGAGUUACAGAAGAAAUAUGAAUCAUGUAUGACAGUACUCAUACAAACGUUAGGGAAUUUAGUUGUUAACAAUCCAUUCAAUCAAAUAAUGAUUUGGAACAAAUUUGAUGCAAUCAUUCUGAACUGUCUCAUUGGUCAGAAUGAUAAAAUAGCUACAGCUGCAGCUAUGAUAGUAUACAACAUAUUGUUAGGACAGCCUAAUGUCUUGCCAGACGAUGUUUCUUUGUUAAAUUCAUUAGCAUACAUGUAUAAUAAUGGCAAUACCGAGUAUCCGCAUUUGAUUAUAGAAUACUUGAUAGGCGUUGAGAAUACUUAUAUAGAGAAACUGUAUGCAAAAUUGGAUCCUGAAUGCCGAAUGUUAGUUUUGAACUUGGCUUACAACAUCCUUAUGUCGACAGAAUCCCAGGAUAUUAACGUCUCUGUGAAUUUUGUUAAAUUUAUGGCACACGAGUUUAAGAGCAAAUCUGACUGCAUUUUGAAGACAGUAGACAAGUACGUGAACACAAUAGAGCCACAGGAAGUGGUGUUUCUGCUGGAGAUUAUCGCCACUGCUUCCAGUAUGGAUGCAUACAUGGAUUGCUUGCAAUCAGAUACCUCAUUGUUCAUUAAUUGUGCAUUUCUCCUGCGCGCAAUUCACAAGUUAGGGAGAGAAAGCAACAAUUUCUUCUCGUCGCUGAAUAAAUUAUAUGCAUCGACUGGAAUGGAGCUGGUCAAUGAUGAAAAUAUAUCUACGCCGAUCCAGACUGAAAAUCCUCUGACCAAAAAUGAUUCAGCUGACAACAUGCUAUCCUGCAAUGAAACCACUUCAGAAUGUACAGAGUCCGAAAGCAGCGAACAGUUCUUUGAAUGCAAUGACAACGCACAAUACAUAGACCGAUUGGACACCAUCAAUACCAUAGACAAUCUAACUCAACCUCUGAAAUUUGAUUUAGAUGUACACAGAAAUGGUAAUACUGAAAAUAAUGUAAAAAUCGAUAGCGAUCUAUCAAAAGUUGCUUAUAAGCGAAGUAGUUCAUUACCCAAAGCUGAUGAUAGGAUACAUGCGUUGCCUACUCGAAGAAUAAGUUUGGAGCAUAAGAUAGAUAUGGGCGAUGACACGGAGCCACCAUUGAUACUUGACACCACGUCGCCUUGUGGCAGUAUGAAUACCAUAGCUGAAGUUAUACCGGUGGCCUUGCAGCCUAGGUUGGAUUUACAGCCAACAAGCCGAACGGAGUCCCAAGACAGUUCACCAAACGACCCCCCAACUGAAAUACAUUUGCCAAAAGAAGAAUUGAAAGCGGAAGUUAAAGCUUCCCCAAGCGAGAUAUCCCCACCACUAGCGGACGUGGUGGCGGAAACGGAAUCACAGAAACAGUCGCCGGAUACACCUAAAGAAGUGAAGAAGAGUCAGAAUUUGUCCACUGAUUUCGAUUUGAGCGAGCAGUUGCAGAAGAUUUUAGGUAUAUCAUCUGAGAAGACCCGUGGUGAAGCCAGUGCGGAGAAAAAAUCGGAGGUGAAGGAAGUUAAAAUCGACGAGAACCCCGUUAGUAAAGUGCCGUCGGUUAAAAUAGACUCGCCUGAAAGCCAGAAGACAAGAUUAGGCGCCAUAGACAUGACGACGCCAAAGAAGGCCGUGACGUCAGUGGAGUCCGUGGAGCGCCACGUGGCGUUCGGGUUCAAAGCGACCGUGGUCAGGACGCUGGCCAACCUGUGCUGGAAGAACCAGGAGAACAAGAAGCAGAUGCGAGAGUUGGAAGUGAUUCCUGUUCUUCUGGAUUGCGCGAACAUUGACGCCCGUAAUCCAUUAAUAAUGCAGUGGGUCAUCUUUGCCGUUCGCAAUUUGUGUGAGAACUGCCCGGAAAAUCAGGAAGUCAUAGCCAAAAUGACCCUACAGGGGCCGGUCGACAAUGAGGUCCUUCAGGAAAUGGGACUCACUCUCCACACUGAUCCACAAGGAAAUACAAUCAAAGUCGCACCAUUACCAAGAGGGUAGACUGGAGUCGUUAUCCGGCUCGAAGGACCAUGUGCAAAAUUUAAUUAACUGCGAAUAGGUGUAUUGUUUAUAUUUACUUUUUGCUAGUCUUGUUAGUAAACAAUGUAAAAAAUUACCCACACGCCUUGACAUCUACAUAUGUCAAAAAAUGGUAGAAUCAGAUUUGUACCAAAAACAAAGUAAUUUCGCAUUUAUACAAGCCUAGAUAGAUACGCCUAGACGUUACGCCACAAUAUAAAUUGAAUGAGUUGUAUCAAAAACCACUUACACAUUUAUGUAAGACCAAAUUAAACAACAGAGAACUAUGAACUCCAUCAAAAAGAGCUGGCUCUAUUAGUUUCUCAGAAAGUUAAAAUUUUUUGCUCUAUUCAGUAAAUAAUUUUCAUUUAUAUGUAUCAUUCAAUGGAUAUAUAUUUAUAAUCAACUUGAUAUUGUAUAGUGCAAUAAUUUUUAUCCAAACGUAAUUCGAAUA